AUGUUAGGAUUAACUGAUAUGUUAAAAGAUGGUGCAAAGCAUUUUGCAGGCAAAGAUGAAGCAAUCUUAAGAAAUAUUGAUGCAACCAAACAAUUAUCAGAGAUUACAAGAACAUCAUUAGGUCCAAAUGGUAUGAAUAAAAUGAUCAUCAAUCAUUUAGAGAAAUUAUUUGUUACAAAUGAUGCCGCAACCAUCAUUAGAGAAUUAGAUGUUAUUCAUCCAGCUGCAAAAAUGUUGGUUAUGGCUGCUCAAAUGCAAGAACAAGAAAUGGGAGAUGGUACAAAUUAUGUUGUUACAUUAACAGGUGAAUUUUUACAAAAAGCAGCAACUUUAUUAGAGAUGGGACUUCACCCAAGUGAAAUUAUAACUGGUUUUGAAAAAGCAGGUGCUAAACUUCAAGAGAUUAUUGAAUCAAUGAUUGUAUACAAUUUAAAGGAUAUUACAGAUAAGAAGGAGGUUACAAAAUGUUUGAAAUCAGCCAUCGCAAGUAAACAAUAUGGAUAUGAGGAAUUUUUAUCAGAGAUUAUCACCAAUGCAUGUCUUCAAGUUUUACCAAAGAAAGCAGUUAAUUUCAAUAUCGAUAAUGUUAGAGUCACCAAGAUUCCAGGUGGUGGCGUAACUGAUACAAGUGUAAUCAAAGGUUUCGUCAUCCCAAUGGAUGCCGAAGGUACCAUCAAAAGAAUGGAGAAAGCAAAAAUCGCCGUUUUCACAAUGGGUAUCGAUUUAGGUCGUACUGAAACCACUGGUAAAGUAUUGAUCACCAACGAGGAUGAAUUGUUACAAUUCUCCAAAGGUGAGGAAGAUUCAAUCAGAGAGACAAUCACUGCCAUCGCAAAUACCGGUGUCAAAGUGAUCAUCUCUGGUUCAACCGUUUCCGAAUUGGCUUUACAUUACAUUGAAAGAUUCAAAAUCAUGUUGGUUCGUAUUCAAUCUAAAUUCCAAUUACGUCGUGUUUGUAAAGCAAUCGGUGCAACUCCAUUAGUUAAAUUGGGUGCCCCUAUCCCUGAGGAAUUGGGUUACUGUGAUGAAGUACUCGUUGAAGAGAUCGGUUCAACCAAAUGUUGUAUUUUCCGUCAAAAUAAAGAAGAAAGUGAAAUCUCCACCAUUGUAGUUCGUGGUUCAACCAAUAACAUUCUCGAUGAUAUUGAACGUGCCAUCGAUGAUGGUGUCAACGUUUUCAAAGGUAUGUGUAAAGAUGGUAGAUUCUUAGCUGGUGCUGGUGCUUUUGAAAUUGAAGCCUCACGUAAACUCCAAGCUUUUGCCGAUGCUACACCAGGUCUCUCUCAAUAUUCAAUUCGUCAAUACGCUGAAGCUUUCGAAAUCAUUCCAAGAACUCUUGCUGAAACUAGUGGUCACGACUCCUCAAAAGCAAUCUCAAAUAUUUAUGCAGCUCAUACCAAAGGUAAUACCAAUUAUGGUUUAGAUAUUGAAUCUGGUCAACCAAAAUCUGUACUCGAAAUGGAUGUUUUAGACGCUUUUGCUUCAAAACUUUUCGCAAUUAAAUUAGCUACAAACACUGCUAACACCGUUUUAAGAGUCGAUCAAAUCAUUAUGUCUAAACCAGCUGGUGGUCCAAAACCACCAAAAAUGGGUCCAACCGAUGCUGAUGAUUAA